AUGGAGGAGCCAGUUUUACUAUCGGAAAGAAUAGAGCCUUUCAGCCCGCUGAUUGAGGAAGAGGCAUUUUUAUCGCCGGGGACAUUUUCCAGCGCAGACGAAUAUGCCGCCAACCCCAGAUUCCUUGAACUGCAAGAAGAGCUCCGUUGCGUACUCUUUUCUGCAGUCGCUAGCCUUGAGCCUGCAGACACAUCACCGCCCCUAGAGCCAGAAGGCCCCCAGACGCGAGCACGCCAAAGCCUAGACUUCACCCGCGUCAUCUCAAUUCCCAAAAUCAAAUUAAUAUUUUACCUGAAAAAUUGGAUUACGGAAUGCGCUCCGUAUCUUGACAAAUUUGAUGAAGCCCGCCAUUUCGGUGUCCAAAUUCCCAUUCUGGCGCAGGGUUCCCCUGCUCUUUUCUACGCCAUCCUCGCAUUCUCGGCGCGUCAAACCGAGCGCAAAGCUUGUCUCGACAAGGCUUACGAUAGCCUAGAAUUGUAUCAAGAAUCGAUCCGUCUUCUGGCCCCAUGUCUGCAAGCGAAAGACCCCAAUGUCCUCGUCACAGUCUGCAUUCUCGCCGUGAUGGAACUGAUGUCCGUCAGCCCGCGCGACUGGCGACGUCACGUUGAAGGCUGCGCGGCAUUGUUUGACUCGUUCAAUGUGAAUGGGCUUUCGGGAGGGCAUCUCCAAGCUGUGUUUUGGUGUUACGCGCGCAUGGAGUUAUGUGGCGCAAUCAUCUCUAACGGGGCGGAAAGCACAGUGCUUCCGUUGGAGAAAUGGGUUCCCGCAAUGGAGCAAGCCGCAUCAAAAGAAGCCGAAGAAGACAUGAUCCGAGACCUGUUCUGCGAUAACGGCCGCACUUCCGCUGAUAUGCAUGCCAACUGGGCUGUCUACCUAUGCGCAAAGGCGUGUGAUCUCUCCUGCCGAAGAACGCGGUACCUGGAACUGGGCGAAACGGCCGGUGACCCGCGACCGUUCUCUGAGCAGUGGAGUCGACUUUGGGACGAAUUACAAUAUUGGAUUGAGACAAGACCCCCUGCGAUGCUGCCGAUCAAGACUACAGGCAUGGGCAGUGGUCAAAUAUUCCCUGAAAUAUUGUUUGCGCAUUGGGCUGCUAUCUCAGGCAACCAGUUGUACCACGCGGCCUCCAUAAUGAUGCUGGAGAUGCGACCUGUGGAGCGGGGGCCACCGGCUGCAAAGCCCCAUUUCUCGGCUAUCUGGCAUGCCCGCCGCGUUUGUGGGAUCUCUUUGACCAAUCCCCAUUCCGGAAAUUUGAUCAAUGCCAUUCAGCCAUUAUACAUCGCGGGAAAGCUGCUCAGUCACCACAGUGAGCAUGUCGAAGUUGCGAAAUUGUUCAAGAUUAUCGAACGUACAACUGGCUGGGGGGCUUUGUGGCGAUUGAAAGACCUCGAGCGCGCUUGGGGCUAUGAGCCUGGAGAGAUUCUGGGGGUAAUCUAA